AUGGUUGGCUAUGUCUUGGAAAUCCCUAUCUUUGGUGUGCUAGCAAAGGUUGUUGCCGACGCUGACACGCAGGCAAAGGAUGUACGGCAAAUCAACACUCAUUUCAUAUCCGAAACUGGGGUCAUAGAACUUUUCGUAACUCUUGGACCUCAACCAGCAGAUUCUGUUCGUCAGCUAGCAGCACUCACCGGUGUUUAUCCUCUACCGCCGGAAUUCUCUAUCGCUUAUCACCAAUCACGAUGGAAUUACAUGGAUCAGAAAGACGUCAAAGAGGUCCACGAAAAAUUCGAUGAGCAUGACCUCCCUGUUGACGUGCUGUGGCUAGAUAUAGAGCAUACGGAUGGCAAGCGAUACUUCACUUGGGAUGCGGAGAAGUUCCCAAACCCAACCAAAUGA